UCCUAUUUCUAUCCUAUCUUCUUCGUCUUCCUCUCCGUGCUGCUGCUGCUGACACCUCUCUCUCUCACUAAAUUCCCACUUAUGGCUUCCACUCUAUCCACACUCACACUCUCCAAUCCCAAGCCCUCCGCCGCGACUUCCCCUACCCACGACCAUUCACCUGCUCUCCUUAAGCAGCAAUCCCUAUUAUCUUUUCCUCUGCGCACCCAAAAUCCACUCCUCCUUCACCGCACCGCAUUUGUCCGCCCCCUCGCCGCCGUCGAUGCUCCGGAGAAAGUUGUACAACUCGGUGACGAAAUUUCCAACCUAACUCUGGCCGAUGCUCAAAAGCUCGUCGAAUACCUCCAGGACAAACUAGGAGUAUCAGCUGCAUCGUUUGCCCCCGUCGCGGUUGCCGCUCCUGUGGACGCAGCUGCGGCCGGUGGAGCCGCACCAGUCGUGGAGGAGAAGACGGAGUUCGAUGUGGUCAUCGAGGACGUGCCUAGCAACUCCAGAAUUGCAACGAUCAAAGCCGUUAGGGCUUUGACGAGUUUAGCUUUGAAGGAGGCCAAGGAGUUGAUUGAAGGCCUGCCUAAGAAGUUUAAAGAAGGUAUUUCCAAGGAGGAGGCUGAAGAUGCUAAGAAGCAGCUUGAAGAAGCUGGUGCCAAGGUUGCCAUUGUUUAGCUUUCUUAUAACUCAACUCAAUUGAAUCUCCUUUUUAUGGUAGAAAUUUGGUCACUUUUCGGGUACAAUUACUGUUUUUAAAUCUCUCUCUGUCUCUUUGGUUGAAGGCGAAAAUGGCUGUUGUAUUGUGUUGAAAUGAUUUUGUAAGAUGCAUUGAACUGUUAGUUAUUGGUAAUUACUAUUACUGUCA